AUGACGAACGCAGAAGAAAGUGCCCAGGAAGAAAGUGCUGAGCACUUUGCAGCCAAUACCCUUCCCCUCUAUCAGGGGCCUACUGUGAAACUCCGAAUACAGCCAAGCAACAAGGAAUACAUAAUUUCAAAAGACCUUCUCUGCGCGGAAUCUCCGGUCUUCUCAGCAAUGUUCAACGGCGAAUUUCGAGAGUCCCAGGAGCAGGCCGUAACUCUAGAAGAAACCGAGGACGUUGUCGCGGUUCGUAGCGUUGAAGCACUCUGUCAAUGGCUAUACCGACGCGUUGUUAGGUUUGGGAUAGAAGACCCAACAGAGCAUAUUACGGCCGCUAUGGAACUCGUCAGGCUUGCAGACAUGUAUGAUGUUACGGAGUUGGGCACUACCAUGGCCCAAUAUAUUAAGAACUUCUUGAUAUCCAAUCCAGAUCCAGGCAUCAGGGGACUUCUGGUACCUCGUCAUGAUAGCAACACCUAUUUUCUCAGACGUGAGCAUAUUGCCUCAGCAAUCUUGUUACCUCAAUACCACCCAGUACGAAAAGUUCUAGCUGCAGCAUCCGUUGAAGGUUUCCUCCGAACCCCACACCACAAGUUUAGCGAGGAGACUCAGGCGUACCCUUCCUUUGGAGCUGACCUCCUUCGAGAGAUAAGGAUUACCCUACAUGAGACUAAUCGCCGUACAUCUGUCAUUUUCAAAGACCCUAUCAGCGGGAGCAGUGUAGAGCUAGGCGAUGACUCUUUCUGA